AUGGGCACCAAAAGAACCCACCCACCCUCCACCCCCUACGAAAACCCCGCCCGCAAACGCCUGCGCACCACCUCCUCCUCCUCCUCACACCAAAACCAGAACCCGCACCACCGCCGCAAACAAACCCCCACAGCCCCCAUCGACCUAGACAGCCUAACCGCCAUCAAGAAACGCGCCCGGGCCAUCGAACGGCUGCUGGCGCGGGGAGGUGGCAGCGAUGGUGCCGGGACCCUCCAGCUGCCGGCUACGAAACAGAAGGAUUUGGAAAGGGAACUGGCGGCGCAUAGGCAGCGGAUUGAGGGGGCGAGGGAGAAGAAGGAGAGGAGUAGGAUGAUUGGACGGUAUCAUAUGGUGCGGUUUUUUGAAAGGAAAAAAGCCCUCCGCUUCACCAAGCAACUGGCCAAACGCCUCGCCCAAGCCACCGACCCCGCCGAAGUAGCCCAGCUGCAGGCCGACCUGCACGUGGCGCAGGUCGAUGUGGAUUAUGCGGUCUACUUUCCGUUUAUGGAGCCUUACAUCAGCUUGUAUGCCGGCGUAACCAAGGAGGAGAAAGGAAAAGGGGAGGAUGAUACAGAGGUGAAUGGAAAUGAGACGAGUACAGCAGCGCAGUAUUUAAGGACGCCACGGCCGGCGAUGUGGAAGGUUGUGGAGAAGACGAGGGAGCAGGGGAAGGCUGCGUUGGAGAGGUUGCAGAAUCGUCGGCUGGUGGGGGAGUCAUCUGCUGGUGACUCGGCUGGAGGCUCGGCUGGAGGCUCGGCUGAGGGAGGCGUUAAGACGAUGAGAGGUAAAAAGGUAAGAAGUGAAGAGAUGGGAGGUCAAGAGAUGGGAAGUAAAGAGAUGCCAGAGAAGGGUGGGCGGAGAGAGAGGCGGGCUAGAGAGAGGGAGGAGAGGGCGAAGAGCGGACGGGGUAAUCAGACGAAAAAUGAGGCUGAGAGGGCCGAGGAGGAUAGUGAUGGAGAAUUCUUUGAGUAA